GACGCCGAAGGAGGAGGAAGUCCCAGAGACCAAGAGGAGAAGGGAUCCAGUUCUGACGAGGAGGAGGAGGUCGAUGUGGUGAAUGUAUCUGCAGUAGAGGUGGAAGAGCCGGAGUCUCCAGUCGCUUUUCGAUCUAAGAGUUUCGAGGAGAAGUCUCCUGAAGAUGCUACAGGAGAUGCCGAACCAAAGGCAGAAGCUAAAAGCGACAGUGAUACCAGCGACGAUGAGGAGGCUAAGCCAAAGACCGAGGCAGAGGAGCCAGCCUCCAAAGACGAAGAGGGCGAGGCAGAGAACGAGAAGGAGACCAAGCCCGACGACGCUCCAGCCCAAGAACCGGAGGAGAUUCAAGAAGACGGUCAGAAGGAGGAUGCCCAGGAGGAAGACGCUAAGGAGGAAGAUGAUCAGAAGGAGGAAGCCCUGAAGGAAGACGCUAAGGAGGAAGAUGGUCAGAAGGAGAAAGCCCAAGAGAAGGACACCCCGGAGGAUGAAGGCCAGAAAGAGGACACCCAGAAGGAUGACAAGUCUUCACCGGCAGCCAAGGACAGCUCCGACACCGACGACGAUUUCAUCGAGCUCCGCGAAGAACGGGAGUCGGUGCAGGACGCCCGCCGAAUGACCGCACAGACGAUGGAGGGUUUCGUUACACAAAGAUCACCAGGAGAUUGUGUAGGAGGAGCUAAGAAGAAGGAAGAAGAUAUAACGCGGUUAAACAACGAAGCAAAGGGUAGAGACAGUGAAAGUGAUCUAGCAGACAGAGUUGAAAGUGUAGAAAGUGAAGGAAAUCAGAACAAUGAGAAAGGCGGAAACAAAGACGAUGUGACGCCACCAGUCAUUGUCAUCAGUCGCGCCGAUGCUGAGGACGUCGAUGAGGAGAAAGCGAAGGAUAAUGUUUAUAUCGAAAAUUCAAGCGAAGGAGAUGGUGAUCCAAAGGAAGACACACAGAAAGAUCAUAGAGACGAAAGUGAAGAGGAAGUAAAGAGAAAAGGAGAAGAAGCUGCGGAUGACGACGGAAAGAACAGGAAACUGAGCGGUUCAAUUUUGCCGGAAGAGCUGUCGAUGAUUUCCAUUGAGCAGCGUGCGGACCCCGAAGAAUUGGAGGAGGCAGACUGGUCGCUAAUUACCCAGUGGUCGUCGAGGGACCGAGUUAGCGACAGUGACGAAGGCGACGACGGAGUACGAGAGGUUGGACAGCGACGGGGAUCGCCGAUCGAGGAGGACGGCCAGCAAGGCGUGUCUUCGACUUACAGGAGGUUGGGAGAUGAAAUCACCUUUGACAGCCCUCCUCUGACGCCCAAAGAAGAAGUCGACAUCAAGUACGACUCUACGACGCCGCUCGACCCCAUCAGCGAGAGGGACGAGAGCGACGAAGACGGCGAGGCGGUGAGCAAGGCGGCCCCGUCGAGGUUAAAGGCAAAGCUCUCCUCGGCCAUGAAUGAUCUCCUCUCCAUCGGCCAGGACGACCCAGCCGCGGACGACUCCGUUCUAUCCGACGCGGCAGAAACCGCCGACGCCGAAGAAGAGACGGGAAAGGCAGACGAGGAAGAGGAGAGAUCACAAUCGGUGGGCGAGGAAAGGGGAGGUAGUUCAGAAUCGGAAGAGGAAAGUGGAAGCGGCUCAGAAUCGGGGAAAGGCGACAAAGACACCGAAAGGGACGCCAACAGGACGCCAGCAGAAGACGGCAACGCACGGGCGAGUGGCGAACCCCCAAAGGAAGGGGAAAAGAGGCGCACCAAACGGGGCCGCAUCACGAAGAAGAGGAAAGCAAGUCCCAUCCACCUGCAGGGGGCGCUGAGGACGUUCAGCAACCCCAUCAGCUACUUAGGAGGCCCCAACAUCGAAUACGAAGAGGUCAGGGAAGGCAGAGAACGCCAGGACAGCGUGACGUCCAUCACAUCUCUGGACUAGGAAGCAUCUCUUCCCUUUGUGGAUUCUUCUCUUAUUUCAAAUGACAAACAUACGUCACAAAUGAAUAAUGAUUUACAUGAACCUCAGAUUCUGUCACUGCUUUGUAGUUCAAAAAUUACUGUCAUUUGAUUGUUCAGUGUACAUUUGUUUUUGUUUGUUUUUCUUUUUGCCCCCCUUAGACUUGUACAUAAUGAUAAUUCAAAUGUAGAUAAAGACAAGACAGUUGUUAUGAAGAGUGUCUUGGGAUUCUUUUUUAUUAUUUUUCCUUUUUUUUGUAAAUGUAUAUCUUUAGAAGGAACGAGUGUUUUUGGCAUUUCUGAUCACGUUUCAUUAUACUAGGCUUCUUUGGUGUGAAUGUAUAGUUGCUUGGCCUAAAAAUAUUGCGAAGCUAAUAAAAUGUGUAUGUGGUUA